ACGAGGACAAGCAGUUACCACAGCAAAGCGGUGUGUAGUGUGUGCAGUUGCCAAUGGCGGAACCUCUUACAAACCCAAACACCGAACUCGCUUCCUCUAAAACCCUAAACCCAAUUAACGUUCACGAUUCCACCAUGGAACCGCACCAAACACUUCCACUAGACGCUCAAAUCCAUCCACAAAACGACUACGUCGUUCCCACUAAGAAACGGCAGAGGGACGACGCCGACGCCGACGACGACGCUGACCGUUCGGUCCAUCCGCUGUGGAAGACAAGCCUCUGUUCCUACUUCAGGCGCCACGGUGGCUCCUGUAGCCACGGCGACGCGUGCCGCUACGCGCACGGCGAGGAGGAGCUCCGUCCUCGGCCCGACAACACUUGGGACCAGACUUCAGAGCGAGCGAAGAAGGCGUUGAAAUCUGAGACGCCCGAGAAACGCGACGUUUCGGAGGUUGUGAUGAUGACGGAGGCCGUCGUCGACGGCGAUGCCGACGGCGAAGAUGAUGGUUGUGGCUCCAGUCACGCACUUAGUAAAUGCUUGAUGCAUUUGCCGAUGAAAUGGAGCUCCGAGGUUUUGAGAAAUUUUCUUAACAAAGAGGGUAUUGCUUUUAAGCAUGCUAAGAAAAAGAAAGGUAUGGCGGUUGGUUUUCUUACUUUUGAAGAUGAAGAACAAAUGAAGAAUUCAACGAAGGCUUUAGAAGGAAAAUCAAUUAGCAACAAAACUUUAAGGGUUGGUGAUGUCAUUCCUCGUUCAUUUGAAAAGAAAAGUAACUCCAAUGUUACAUUGCAUCAAGAAUUAGAUAAGGAGAAUCCAAUGGUUGAUGUUCCUUCAAGUGAGACUUUGGAUGCUGAAACGAACGAUGAUAACUUGGCUUUUGAUGGUUCCGUUUCAAAGACAAGAAACGUGCGGGAUGUAGUGACUCCUCUAGCUCAUAUGGCCUAUGCUGACCAGUUGGAGCAGAAAAAAAACUCUCUCGUGAAGAUUCUCAAAAAACUUACUAAAAAUGCUCGUAAAGCUUGUCCAACCGGUGUUCCUCUUCCCGAGUGGGUUCUCAAGUCUAGGGAAAUAGGUGGUCUUCCAUGCAAACUAGAGGGUAUUGUUGCAUCUCCAAUUGUAAAUGGAUAUCGUAACAAGUGUGAAUUUUCAGUUGGAUAUUCUCUGGAAGGAAAAGUGACUGUGGGCUUCAUGCUUGGAAACUUCAGGGAGGGUGUAACAGCAGUUGAGGAAGCAGUGGACUGCCCAAAUGUUUCUACGAUUGCUGGCAAAUAUGCAAAUAUCUUUCAGGAAUUUCUGCAGCAUAGUGAUCUACCAGUUUGGAACAGAUUUAAAAAUACCGGAUUUUGGCGUCAAUUGACGGUCCGAGAAGGGAGGACAAACGGAAGUGUUGUUGAUGCUGGAACUUUUGAUGGUAUUGCAGAGGUCAUGCUUAUUGUGCAGGCAUUUGUUGCUGGAGCUACUUCGCAUUGUCCAACAUUACCCCUUACAGCUCUGAUUGUUCAGGAUCACCAAGGAAUAUCCAAUGUAGCGCCAGCUGAUGCUCCCAUGCAUCCACUUCCCCUUCCUAAAACAGUUGGUGAUCCAGAGAUGGGUGAAAACAAUAAUGCCACGGAUGUAAGAAUCCAUGAUUAUAUCAGCAAUCUCCAGUUUUCUAUAUCACCAACAGCAUUUUUUCAGGUUAACACACUUGCUGCUGAGAAGUUAUACUCACUAGCUGGAGAUUGGGCAUGCUUAGGUCCUGACACAUUGCUAUUUGAUAUAUGCUGUGGUACAGGAACUAUUGGCCUGACUUUAGCACAUCGAGUUGGUAUGGUGAUUGGCAUUGAAAUGAAUGCUUCUGCAGUAACUGAUGCCCAUAGGAAUGCUGAGAUUAAUGGCAUAAAAAAUGUUAAAUUUAUAUGUGCAAAGGCAGAGGAUGUGAUGGGAUCUCUGUUAAGGGAAUACUUAGAUGUUACUAAGGAACAAGUUGGUCAUCCUAAUAUAUCUGGAAAUGGCAAUGAUAUUCCUGUCGAUACUGCCUGCCCAGAGCCUGAGAAUGGUGAAAUGGCAUCUUGUUGUUCAGAUAAUAAUGAUGCAGAAGUCAGAAAUGUGGUUCAGAAAGCUAGCACUUCUGAACAAGUUGACGGGAUCUCUAAACAGGCAGAGGACGCGAUGGGAGCUGUGUUAGGGGAAAACCUAAAUGUGCCCGAGGAACAAGUCGAUGAUCCUAAUAUCUCUAAAAGUGGCAAGGACAUUCCUGAGGAUAGUGCCAAUGCAGAGCCUGAAAAUGGUGAAAUGGCAUCUCGAUGUUCAGAAAAUAACAGUGCCGAAGCAGGGAGUGUGGUUCAGCAGGAUAGUGCUUCUGAAAAUGGGAAUACAUCCUCGGAACAGUUUAAAAAUGUUGUUGCUAUUGUCGAUCCUCCACGGGCUGGACUCCAUCCAACUGUGAUCAAAGCUUUGAGAACUCAUCCACGCUUGCGGAGGCUUGUUUACAUAUCCUGUAAUCCUGAAAGUUUGGUGGCAAAUGCUAUUGAGCUUUGUACUCCUUCCCCCAUAAAAGUUGAGAAAGGAAAUAAAGAUAAUCGAGGAUGGAGAAAUAGGAGCAGUGCUGGUCUAGCCCGCCACAGGGCCAAGUCUAUGCCCAUCUCAGAGGCCUUCCAGCCCAUAAAAGCUAUACCUGUUGAUCUUUUUCCACAUACCCAACACUGUGAAUUGGUUAUGCUUCUCGAAAGGUAGGUGGACCAGACCCCAAAGUCUGGAUUGAAGUUAUUUUAUAUGCUUGGCUCGCAAAGUCAUUUGUCCGACAUUUUGUUAAUUCCAUUCUAAGCGGUAGUGGAUGAUAGUGCUUAUUAUAUUCUGAUUUUGCGCAGUGAAUUGUUUUCAAGCAUGACCUUUUUGCUGCAUGCAUCUUGUGUUUUUUCCUGUGGAAUUACGGUACCUGGUGGCGAGAAAUUAUUAUUGUAUCCUAGAACAUCAGUUAAUACUCCAAGAUCUCAAAUUCUCUAUCAUUUAGACACAGCCGAAUAAAAUUGGAUACGUCUGGAUAAG